GUCCGUGUGGACAGGAUGAGGAAGAGCCUGUCCAUUGUGCCGCCUCGGAGACACUGCGCCGUAUGCGCCAUUUGCGCGCAAACGCGGUAAUUUCUUCGGGCGAAUUCCUAUCUCUAACAUCGAUUGUGCUGCCGCCUGGUCGAUUGGCCGCGCUAGUGAUCGAACAGAGCCGGAGUUACGGGACACCUGCAGACUGAUGUGAUGUCUGAGACAUUUGGCAGCUGCUCAGUGGAGGAAAACCACCCACAGCAGCAUCAUAUGGGAGGACAUUGUGUGAGUAAAUGGCAGUGAAGGAGUCUGGUCUGAAUCUGUGUGACAAGGGAAGAACCAACCAGUACUGUUGGAUGCGAACUGAUGAGCUGUCCAAGCUGGCAACAGCAUGCCAACUGCAAAAGAUAAAGGUGGUUCUGCGUCCCACCGCCACCAGCCUGCCUCAGAAUACAAUGAUGCCACCCUGGCCCAAAAGAGAGAAUACUGGAGAACCAAGAAACGAGAGCAGAGGGCUCGUCUGUCAGAGCGAAGAGGGAGGCCAUCACAAGACAGUCGAGGGAAAAAGAUCCUCCACCUAAAUACCACCGCAGUGGUGAAUUCCACUUUAUCUGGCAUCUUAGCUGCUCCCUCUUCUCCUGUGCAGAGUAAUGAUGAGUCAUAUAAAACACCCAAUGUCUCCCCAGCAUCCCAUAGUGCAAAUGCAGUGGGAGAAGGUUCAUUUGAAACCCCUGAAAGCCAAAAGCCGAAGUGGUUCCACACAAUGAAACUCGACAAGGUCUUGCCUCAGUUCCCAGCAUCAUGUUCCAUCUCAGCCAAAGCGGCUAGGGGCGACGCGGUGAAAUGCCGAGCAGCGAGGGGGGCUGUGAACAGAGCCAUUACCUCACCCACACCUAGUGGAACCCAGCUGGACUCCAGUUCCUCAGUGCCUCCAGUCAGAGUGACCAGAAUUACCAAUGGCAGCUCUGCCCAAACAACACCUCAUACACGUGUGUCUAUGCAGGGCACAUCAGUCCUAAACCUGCAACACAGACAACAUGUUGCUUCACGCAGUCAGCCCAGACUCUCCCCUACCAAUCUGACCAUGGGUAGGAUUCUUGUGUCCUCUCCAUGUGGCCCCAUCUCCAUAAAAACUGAGGGUAAAGAAGAGAACACAACACCUCAGAGUGGAACAAAGAGUUCCUUGGUCACCACACAGAGAGCUAAAGGUGUUGGCAACUCGCAACCUUCCAUCGAGUCUGAGGAGGAGAGAGCAGCCAAACGCAGAGAGCAUUGGCGGAUCAAAAAGCGAGAGCAGAGAGCAAAGCUGGCCGCUCAGAUAGCUAAAGCCAGAGAUAGGACACAGGCCACAGAGAUGAUGGUACAGAGGCAAAUGGCACAAAGAACAGGAAUCAUGGGUCCACGUCAAAAUCUUCCAUCUCAGUCGUUUUCGAGAAGAGCGGGUCCUACUCAGGCCAAAGCCACGUUCAGGCCGGCCAAAAAGAGAAAUGACAAACUGAAAAUUGCGGCAGCGAGUUUGACCACAGUUAACCUGCAGAUCAAAGUGCAGAAUCCACAUGAGACCAGGACAUCACCAACAGCAAUUUCUCGGAGAAAAUCUGGGGAAACGCUAAGAAGGUUUCCAAGUUACGCACAUCUUUCCAAUGUUACCCGAGGGAUUGUGCGAUGUAAAACACCCAGACAGAGGUUAAUUGAAGCUCAGAGGAAUUUGAUGAUUCAAAGAAACAUGAGAUGUAAGUCCCCGCUGCUUGCUUCAGUCUUUGGUACCAGAAAUAUGCCCAGGAUCGACCCCAAUGACACACCUGAGCAGAUAAUAGAAAAACGGCGAGAGUACUGGCGGAUUAAAAAGCGGGAACAGCGAGCUAAGUUGUCAAUGGAGGUGAGGGAUCGAUUGAAGGAGAGGGACUCUCUGAUGCGAAGAGUGAAACGCUACCAGAACAUCCUAGAGGAGAUGAGGAAAGCCAGAGCGCUCACACAAUCAGCGGGAAGAACUCUGACCCACGCGUCGGAGACCAUUGGCGGGUUCAUCAAAGAGGAUGGGACAGUGACCAUUAAAAUCCCCCAGGUUUCCACAUGUCACGACACAGCAGCUCAUCAAAGUGAAGAAGAACUUCAUGUUCAAAGUUCCAGUAAUACCCACGUUACGCAGCCUCAACAUCCGCCUUAUACGAGUCGAAGAGGUGUAACCCCUGUUACAAUUAACCAGCCCUUCUGCCCAGCUCAGGUGAAAGUAUCUUUUCCUCUUUCUGGAAAGUCAGUCAUCAACCUUCCAAAACUACUGUCUGCCAGACCAAGGACUCCACGUGAUAAUUCUAAUUCUCACUCGUCACCCGCUCAAGCUGUAGGGCAGCUCACACUCACUCAUCCUCAAAAGGCCAUUUCUGGAGGAUCGUCGGCAGGGUCCAGCUGUGUCAUGAAAAUGGCUGUUUCAAGUAGUGCAGCUCCACUGGCUCUAUCUCUGGAUCCAGCGCUAACACAGGAAGAGAGAAUGGCAAAGAAGAGGGAGUACUGGAGGAUAAAGAAACGUGAACAGCGAGCAGCCCGUGCAGGGCGACUGAAGCAGGGUGUCCUACAAAUGAGGGCUAACGCAGCCUUACAGAGGAGAAGGGCCCAGAAGCAAGUAGCCUUGAACUCUGCACCACAGAACAAACGUCUCUCUAACCUAAAAGGAAACACACAACCUCCCCCAGAUAACAGUGUGCCCGUUACACCAAAUGCUAAUGAGAUAAAACAAGAGACUGAGACUGUGCCAGCAGUUGACCUAAAUUCUCAACCGGAACAAGCCAUCUGUCCAGAUAUCAAACGCCCAAACUCCUUACCACUGCCAUCAGCACCCCAGCCGGAGUCUGAUCCAGCUCUGGCUGCAGACAGCCAGGCCACCACUCUGCGAGCCGUGGCCUCUAUGAAGAAGCUCCUGGAAGAAUCACUUAGCACAGUGAGGGACUGUCAAAGUCCGCAGACUGACAUGAAAAUGGAGACAACAGAAGAGGCCUCAGAGCGAGAGCUGAAGCCCAAUUUACCUCAGCUCAUUUUUGAAGAGGAUGAGGUGGCUCCUCUGGCUGCUAACCUGACAUUGCAGAUAAAGAGCUGGCCGCCAGACACUGGGGCCCUGGCACACUCACGUUCACCAGGCCCUCAUUUAAAAAACUCACCACAAAUUAGUGAGACACCCCCACCUAUUCCUACCUCCAGUGAUGCACCUAUGCUUCCCACCUCUGAGCACGCCUCCCAAACCUCUCCCACAUUCACAUUAAACCCCUCCAAGGAAGACCCCGAUGGUCCAUCCUCACCUCACAGGACCCAGAGGCUUCUCACCAGAAAGGAGGGCCAUGAAGGCUGCUGCUCCCCAGAGCCGCCCGAGCUACAUCAACCACCCAUCGAUGAGCUGCACCCACAGCAGGAACCGGGUGAUCAACAGUGUGAGACACAGGAACAGUUCGAAAACGGCAUGUCACCAGCAGCACGAAGAUAUCACAGUGUGUGGACUGAGCAGGUCGGCUUGACCAGCCUGCAGCGGAAGAGGGAGUACUGGAAGCUGAUGAAGCGGCAGCAGAGGGCCAGGUCAAAGGCCAGGCAGAAGGAGAGGCAGGGAGGACUAUGCAGUCGGCUAACCCAGGCUCAAGGUUUUGGUGUCUUCAACAAUGUUAAGCGUGGAAAUCCUCAUGUAAAACCAGCUCUCAGAUCCAGGUCAUCGAUUGUCUCACUUCCGGCCGUGUCCAGCUUCCCUGCUCUCAGCCCCACAACAUGUCGUGCUGAGCGGUCACCGCACACGGCCCAGGUGAAGUUGCCUGUCCUCAGUGUCUCCUGUUCUCCCGGGAGUGAGCAGAACAACAUAGACGUUGGACCUUCACAUAUCAUGUCAGACUGUCUCGACGCUUCUGAGAAUCCGCAGCAAGCCGUGCCACGUUCUCAAAUGCCGAUGUCAUCAAGUUCGGAUGUAGACUCAGCACCCCGCCUUCCUACUCUGACGCCUCCAGACAACCCACUGUCCAGCAUCAACCUGCAAACCAUUGAACCCCAUGUUGAAACGUCUGAUCCCACCCUCAGUGCGAUAAAAAUCACUUCUCAACUUCAUAGCCCCUCACAUUCGAUGCAUUCUCCCUAUAAGCUGGUACCUGUAAGCACCAUGGCUCCACCUAAACCCAUCCCUGGGGAGUCUCAGGAGGACUUUCUGAGGAGGAAGCGAGAGUAUUGGAGGAUCAAAAAGAAGGAGCAGCGAGCCAGGAAGGCCAUCCAGGACAAGGGAGCCCCCACGAAGAGAGCUGCCCACUGGAGGCCCAUCCUACCUGCACAGGACCCACCAACACAGGAUUCUGGUCAGUGGUUGAGCUCCUCUGAUGAGUCAGAGCAUCUAAUGAGCACUUCAGUGGACACUGACCAGGAAUCAUUUCAGUUCCCAAAUUACCCAGCACCAGUGGAAGAUGACCCGGAGCUGCUGUACACUGACUAUGAGAACCACAGCGGUGAGGAAGGUUCUAUCUCGGACAGCGUGUGGAGGUACAGGUACCUCAUGGACUACGACCCACUCAACCAGCUGCUGGUGUGCAUGGUGUGUGGGGAGCUGCAGUACUCCCACAGCCUGGAGGGCGUAAGGGCCCACAUCGAGGACGCCCACCCCGACACCUUGACGCUAGAAGCCGGGGAGAGACAGCGAAUUCUGGAGGCAUGGGACGAGCAGGUGUCCCGGCGGGAACGCUUCUUCACCAGUCAGCUCCAGCAGCAGAGCGGUACAUCAUGACCUCAGAGAGAAGACAUGUAGAGAGUGCAAGAAUAAAGCAGGAACUGAUUAGAAGAGAACGUGUCCUGCAGGAGUCAACUGAAGAUCGUGGACCCGGAGAGAAGCCCCACUCAUGCGUUGUCUUCUUUAUUUUUAGAUUUUUUUUUCAAUCAAUCUGUUUACCUUCAUAAAAAGUCACCUUGAAAAGAAUGCUGCUCUUGCCCUGACAGCAGCUUUACCUCAUUGUCCCGCCAGGAUUGUAAUAUUGUUUCUUCAGUAUGGACACUUUUAUACUGAAGCUGCCACAACUGAGAUUUUGUUACAAUAUUUAAAAUAAUCAAUAGAGAAGUCCAACAUUGUAGGGAGCAUAUCUCUGUGCUAAUAUGGACUAAAUGCAUCCUGGACCUACUCUCAAAUAGACAAAGAUGAAAAUUUACAUUGAUUUUAAUUUCUUGAAUUGUGAUCCACCCAUUUAAAAUCCCCAGUUAUUUCAAUGCCUGCCACAAACUAUAAAUCCAAUCUGAUGGUUUAGAUAUAAAUAGCAGUUGGUAUAGAUUUGUCUGAGCAAACCCUAGGAAAAAAAACCACAUUGUUUUAGAUGUGGGCUGUUCUUUUUUAAAUUCUAAAGUUCCAGAUAUUUUUGUAAUCCCACUGUGCUUAAUGCAUUGCUUAAGCCAAACCCUUGAGUAUAUAAUUUGUAUGCACAUUGUGCUACUCAGCUCAAGUUCCUUUCCUACACGACACUAACACGAGCAUGAUGAGGGGAUGGCCAGUGUUGCAACAAAAUGUUGGUUUUCAAAGAUCCAGGAUUUCAGGCCAUCAGAAAUGAACCCUUGAAAAUACAAGCCCCUGUGGCAUAAUAACAGGUGAAAAGUACGAUUUAGGUUUCCCCUCCUAUGGUCUGCUUACAUUACGUUCCUUUAUUUAUCCAGCAGACACAAAGCAGCCGUAGUCAAAUAUGGGCUACUGGUCAGAAUAUAGAGGGCUGCAGCAGUAAAACCCUGAGGGUUAUGAAUUAAGUCAGGGUGUGCUUUACUGCUUUUACAACUUUUUAUUUUUAAGAAGACGAAUUGAUUUCUUUUGUCCAAAAGUUACAUGGACUUGCUUUAAAGUCAGACCAAUGAUGAGUCACCAGAGGGUUCAGCGACAACCUAACGAUUCAAUGACAACCAAGGGAUAUGAGACAGCUUACAAAUAGAAACAAGGUGUGUAUCAGACAUUGAACAGAUACAUGAAAUGGUAGAAAAUAUAAAAGUGCACUGUCAGGUUUAGAAGGAUGUGUUUGUAAUAGCUGUUGUCGGAGUCAUAUCAGAGCUAUUAUCAAACUAUAGAUAUUUAUAGUAGAAUAUUCAGUAAAUUUAGAUUUAAACCCAGUGUCAGACAGUUAUCAGAAAAUGUGUCUACACACAUACAGCACAAGAAUCAAACACUUUUUACUGUAGUGUAGUUGUAUGAACUGAUAGUUGCUAUCAGAUUUGGGAUAAAGGUCUGAGACCCUUUAUUAUUUACUAUGGGCAUCAGGAACUGUUCCACAUGUUUUUGUAUGUGGUAGCACCAUGUUGUUCAAACCCGAAACUUUACACAUGUUCUAGAUGACUGUUUUGUGUCGAGACAACUUUUUAAAUAGUACAUUUCUAGCUUCUUUAAAAAGACGCUCCUGCUGUUCAUACCAGCCUCACCAUGUGUAAAGUUUGCACUGUAAAUACACGAAAAAAACAGAAGUGGUUAUAAGAUGCCAAAUUUUUCUUUGACUUUGUGCAACUUAAUUUAUUAUUUAUUGAAUUGUCUCUAUAUUAUUGAUGAUGCAUUAUUCAUAACCAUAGGUAGUUUCAUGUUAGAAAAGCAUCUCAUUUGUGAGUAUUGAGGAUCAAAAGGCUUUCCUGCAUGAGUAGUACAUGGAUGAAGAGUUGUGUACCAGAGAUGAGCUCUGGAAAAUCAUUCCCAUGUUUUCUUUGUAUGAUUGUUAUGUAGAGAAAAAUGCUGAAAAAAAAAAAUCUGUUUGAGCACAAGGCUGCGGAGGUCAGUUCUGCUUUGAGGAGCUGCCUGCACAGCCACAACACUGUAAAUAGCUGGAAGUGACCAAGCUAAUUUACCUUCUGAGAAUGUAAUUCUGACUUGUUUACCAGUUCAAAGGGAAUGUUUCAAUGCCUUUUAAGUAAUAAACCUUUUCUACCUU